AUGGAUCACCGUACUGCGCUCUUCCAGGAGAUGUGGCGUCAAGGCGAAGUCCCGCAAGAUUUCAAAGACGCAACAAUCGUGCACCUAUACAAGCGAAAAGGGAAUCGUCAAGUCUGCGACAAUCACCGUGGCAUUUCCUUGCUGAACAUCGCCGGGAAGAUCUUUGUGCGAAUCCUCCUCAACCGUCUCAAUAACCAUCUGGAACAGGGCCUUCUGCCUGAAAGCCAGUGCGUCUUCCGUCGUCAUCGUGGGACCACGGAUAUGAUCUUCGCCGCCCGUCAACUUCAGGAGAAGUGUCAGGAAAUGCGGACUCACCUGUACUCCACCUUCGUGGACCUGACGAAAGCCUUCGACACGGUGAAUCGUGAAGGACUGUGGAAUAUUACGCAGAAAUUCGGCUGUUCUGAGCGAUUCACACAGAUGGUGCGUCAGCUGCACGACGGUAUGAUGGCGCGAGUCACGGACAACGGAGCUGUCUCAGAGGCAUUCGCAGUGACCAACGGAGUGAAGCAGGGAUGCGUGCUGGCACCAACCCUCUUCAGUCUUAUGUUCUCUGCCAUGCUGAUGGACGCCUACCGCGACGAACGCCCUGGAAUCCGCAUCGCCUACAGAACGGACGGUCAUCUCCUGAAUCAACGGCGCAUGAACUUCCAAUCGCGCGUAUCCACAACCACCGUUCACGAACUCCUCUUCGCCGACGACUGCGCCCUGAACACCACCUCGGAAGAGGAGAUGCAACGGAGCAUGGACCUGUUCUCCGCCGUCUGCGAGAACUUCGUUCUGGUCAUUAACAAGCAGAAGACGGUGGUGAUGCACCAACCGCCACCUAACUCAGCCACAGCUCACAACGCGCCGCCGCAAAUCAGUGUGACCGGAACCCAACUGCAAGUGGUGGAGAACUUCCCGUCGCUACUGUAUGGAGCGGAGACUUGGAAGGGGUACGCAAAUCAGGCACGCCGACUGAACCAAUUCUACGUCAGUUGUCUUCGUCGCAUCCUGAGGCUGUACUGGCCGGAUCGAAUCCCGACACUGAUGUGCUGGAACGGACGGGAAUUCUCAGCAUCUACGCCAUACUGA